AUGCAGAAUCAAGCCGCAUAUCAACCUUCUCAAAAAGCACCCUCUCUUCAAGUCAGAGAUGCACCGUCUCCCAGCUCUCCAUCCGCAGGUCAACUCGUCAUCCGAAACCGCGCCGUGGCCAUUAACCCAAUUGACUCACUCAUCCAGUCCCGAGGAAACAUGAUGUUCACACACCUCAAAUACCCCUUCGUCCUUGGCUACGACAUGGCCGGCGAAGUAAUGCAGACCGGUCCCGGAGUCACCCACGUCAAACCCGGCGACCGCGUACUGGCUUUCAGUCGGGGUCCUGAAAAGGAUACCAAUGACCCAGCACAAAGUGCUUUCCAGAAGUACGCGAUUGUCAAUGAAGAUUUUGUUUGUCGCAUCCCUGAGACGGUUGAUUUCGCACAUGCUGCUACCCUGCCGCUGGCUGUCAUGACCGCUGCGGCUGCAUUGUACGAUUCCUCGCAACUGGGGUUGAAGCUACCGCAGUUGGUCUCUUCCUCUAGAAAAAAGUCUGCGUCGACUUCCAAGGGGACGGUGCUGAUCUGGGGUGGAUCAACGAGUGUGGGCUGCAAUGCGAUCCAGUUGGCGGUCGCCUCAGGAUAUGAAGUUUUCACGACAGCUUCGCCGAAGAACCAUGAUUUAGUAUGCCGACUGGGCGCCACUCGGGUCUGGGACUACAAGUCCCCUUCUGUGGUUGAUGAUAUUGUGGCUGAGCUCAAGAGAAGAAUACUCGUGGGCGCCGUCUCCAUCGGCUCCGGGGCCGCUGAGAAGUGCAUACAAAUCGUCGGCAGAUGCGAAGGAAACAGGAAAAUCGCAAUGGUCACGUAUCCCGUUCCCGACAAAGACCCGGAGAACUUUGCAGUCUUGCGGACUGUUGCGAUCUUCUUAUUCUCCCUUGUCUCAUAUAAGAUUCGCGGCUUGCUGGGAGGAUUCAAAAGUAAUUUGGUUGUCAUCAGUCCGAUUCUCGACAAUGGGAUUGCUCGGACCGUUAUGACGGAGUAUCUCCCCGAGGCUUUGGCAGAGGGCAGCUUCGUUUGUGCUCCGGAGCCGGAGAUUGUUGGUGAGGGGUUGGAGUAUAUCCAGGAGGCUUUUGUGCGGUUGCGAGGAGGCGUUUCUGCCAAGAAGCUUGUGGUGAGUCUGUGA